CCUGGGCAUUGACAUAAUAUAAUUAAUCAACUGUGAAUUAGGAGAGUGGCUCUCGCUUUUGUCGGGACAUCGACGAUUUCGGAAAAGUCAUUGGAGAACAAGAUGAAUAUUUCAUAUUUUCUCGCGGGAUUAGCAAUGAUCAUCUUCGAUUAUUCGUGAUAGAUUCGUGGCGAGUCAUUUUUUUAUUAUCUCAUAAUUGAGUUUUACUGCCGAGUAAUUUUUAUAUGCGUAUAAUUGUAGGUUUAUCGCCGUGCACGCUGUGAAAUUAGCGCGAGAACAAAAUUCAUAAUUCUCAUAUAAUAGUCUCGCAGUUUCGUCCGGCUGUCGUAAAUUUGCACCGUGCACCGUGCGCCGUGAGCCGUGCGCGAUGUCAGGCGAUUCGCCGACGACACCGGCCGCGAUUCCUAUGUCGAUUCGCUUCAUCGUCUUCCACGUGACACUCACCCCCGUUGCCGGUCCCCGAUCAUGAACGCGGGAUACGACGAGGAUCUGUCGGAGAAUCGGUUCCUGCAGGCUCUCCGGGAUGAACACAGUGCCAUGUUUCUGCGGGCCGUCCAGGAAGGCUGGAUCAUCUGCGUUCCGCGCAGCGACAGCUUCGCCAGCCGCAGAUUGCAGGAGAACGAGGUGAACGCUCACAUCCUGGUUCCUGGACAGGACCUCUCCGUCGCCCGCUUCAGCAGCUUGAGCGGCAGGGAGAUCCUACUCGAGGACCGGGUCCUGCACGUCAACCACAACGACGUGGAGCAGUAUUCCUCGCGCUUGCUCUUCGAGGAGAUCUUCUACAGCGAUGAUUUGCGUAAAUAUCGUGUAUGGUGCAUCGAGCGGCCCCUGGAGGCCAGCAUGUGCGUCUCGGACGACUGCGUGAGCGUGAUUACGAAUCUCCAGGAGGCUGUGAAUUUUCUUCAGGUGGAACUGCCCGACAGGCAGCUGCGCAACGACUUCGAGGCCAAGAUCAAAGACUUCCUGUACAUUAAUAAGAAUCUAGAGCGUAAACCGUUGCAGGUGCAAAGGGAUCUGGUGCAUGAGCUGUACGCGAGUUGCCUUGAGAUGCUGCUGGAGAACGCGUCGUUGAGAGAGAGGGCUCCGGGCAACAAACAGUAUCAGUGGAACGUCAGGGUGUCGCUGGAGACGUACGUUCUCUACGCAUUGAGAGAUGUCCUGCUGAAAUCAUUGUCCGCCUGUACUGCCAUAGAGGAUGCGAAUCUGAACAAGAUUAUUAGGAAUUUAGACGGGAUCCAACUGAGCGAUCUCCGAGUACGAUCGGACUUGCAGUCCCGGGUCCACGGGGGAAAGGUAGAACUGUCGCGAUUGGAUUGCUUCGUGACCGUGCUGGGCAAGAUCGAGUGCCUCAGAAGGACCGUGAAUUACGUGUCGCGCGGAACGUCGUCGUCCGUCACGUCGGACGAUCUCCUGCCGGUGCUCGUGUUCCUCGUCGUCAAUGCCGGCCUGUCGAACUGGACGGCGCAGCUGUGCUUCAUGAGACAAUUUCGUCUCUCCACAAGCUCUGCUUAUGAGGCGGACGAGACUGGGUUCUUGAUAACUUCGCUGGAAGCCGCGAUCAUGCACAUCAAAUCCGGGGUAAUUUACGGUGAGGAGAAAUGCGCGAAUAAUUUGGAAAAAUAUGGUCAAUUAAUGAAUAAAUCGGAACGUUCGUCUGUCGGUUAUUUGUUCGCGUGCAUAAAAAACGGCAAUCUGUCCGAGGUAAAAAGAAUCUUGACUUACGACGGAUCCAAUCAGGUCAACGACGUUACGCUUUGCCAUCCAUUGUGUACCUGUGCGUCCUGCGAGCGAAACUGGACGAGGCAACGGGACCUAAAAGCGUAUCCCAAGGAUGACAAGGGUCUGACACCGUUGCACGUCUCUGUGCUGCACGAUCAGAUAGUGAUCGUGGACCAUCUUCUCGACCGCGACACGGAUAUAAACGCCGUCGACUCAAACGGCAUGACUGCUCUCCACUACGCCUGCAUCAAGGGUCAUCAGAACAUCCUGCUGCUACUGCUGCACGCGAACGCGAAUCCCGCGGUGACGGACUCGCGGGGAAACACGCCGUUACACCUGGCGGUGGACCGCGGUCACGAGAGCUGCGUGAAGGCGUUACUGUACCUGUCGGAACACAUGAGGAUGCCGAUCAACGUGAGCGUCGCGAAUGACAACGGCGACACGCCGCUGCAUCUCGCGGCCAGAUGGGGAUAUUGCGCGAUCGUCGACAUCCUCCUGGAGUACGGCGCGAGCUGCAAGAUUACCAACAAGAAGGGUCAGAGCCCGUCGAUGGUGACGUACAGCGAGACCAUCGCCGAAUCACUCAGAUGUAACGCGACGUCGAGCAACAUCUGCCACGACGUUGCCCUGUCUCAGCGGCGUGCCCUGGCACAGCCUCGUCAAUCGGUGCCCUUUCAGCAACGUCGCUGGGCCACGUUGGAGAAUAAGAGCCUGUCGCAUCCUAAGAGCUACGCCAACGCGAUGCAACAUCGUAUGAUGGAUAAGCUAUUCGCCGCGAUAACCGACGGCGACGUAUGCCUGGCGUGUUACUACCUAGGACUGGAAGUUUAUCGCGAGCGGGCGCCAGGCGCCCGUGCGAAUCUGUGCCAUCACCCACUCUGCGACUGCGAACGGUGCUCGGCGAUCGGCGAGGGUAAGCUGGAGCAACGGCAGCGGCAACGAGCGCUUACGAUCAACGCCUGCAAUGGCCUAGGCGAGACAGCGUUACACGUGGCGAGCGCGACCGGUCGCACCAGGAUGGUCCAGCUGCUGCUGGACGCCGGCGCGAACGUGAACGUGACGACGAGGCCGGAGGGUCGUACCCCGUUGCACCUGGCGUGCCUCAACGACCGCGUCGACGCGGCGAAGCUGCUGCUGAACUGCGCAACCUGCGACGUGGACGCCAAGGAUCACAACGGCGACACGCCGUUGCAUCUGGCGACCGUGGCCGGCAACGUCAAGUCCGUCGGCCUGCUCAUCAGACACGGUGCGUGCACCAACGUGCGCAAUUUGCAGAACAGGACACCGCUGCGCCAGGCGGAGGAGAGGCUGUCCCUCGUCUUCUCCGCGAAUCGCACCGGUAUACUGAAGAUUCUGAAACAAAACUCGGCACAGCCAGUCAGCGACUGACCGGCACCAGCCAUUCCGCUUCCUUGUGUCUUAAGCUGCUCUGCCUUUUCUGUGUCUUUUCUACUUACCUCAUAAAUUAGUCAGAACAGUUUUGCUAGAAAUAGCUUUAACGUAAUACUCACAUAAUUUCUUCAUCUGAUAUUUCGUUGCAGCGGUUGAACAAAAGAAUUGUCCAUUCAGACUUGUGUUCCAAUAUAUUGUAAAUUAUACUAACAAUAAGAGAAAUCUCUGCACAGAAAGACGAUGAUUAAUUUUUAUUCUAUGAGUGAUUUUGUUUGUAUUUCUUUAUUAUACGUAUCUUAUAAAUGUGUGAUUACCUGUAUCUUGUAGCAUAAUUCUAACUUGGUUAGAAUGUAACUUAACUUUGCUCUAACAUAUGUUAAUUGCAAUUCUAAAAUUAAAUCUCAUGCGCAUCUUGAUAUAUUUUUUCCAAACUGAACGAGAUUUCUUUUUGAGAAUCGCUUGCGUAAGUUGCACAAAUUGUACACACCAUGCCGAGCAAUAUUAGUGAGAUUAACAUUAGUAAAUAAGUAAGACAAACAGUGCAAUAUAAGUCAGGUUACAAAUAUAUAGUCUUAUAUAUUUUAUAUAAUAUAAUCAGAAGCUAUAAAAAUAUAUAUUUAAAGGAAUA